GUGUUGGUUCUUCGAAGUCCCAUUGCACCCCUGCUCUUUUCCUGCGGCCCUUUGAGUAUUUAUCACUGGAUGAAAAUCAUGUUGUGAUGCUGAGGAGAAAGAAACAACAGCAAGCAUGUCGAAGAAGAAGAAGGGGCGUGCUGAAAGCAAGAGCAAGGCAGUAGGGUUGGAAUUGGAGGUUCUGACGGCAGCUACAGAGCGGAUUGUCGCACUGCAAAAUGAGUAUGAUGAAAUGGUUAAAGAGCUGAAACAAUUGAAGUUAAAGAUUUAUACCCUCCGGAAGGAGAAUGAGUUCUUAACAAAGGAAGCUCAGCAGACACGCCUGGAGACUCAUGAAUACAUUGUACAGAUGGCAAAGAGGACUGAGAAAAGGCAGCAUCAAAUCAUCACCCUGAAUGAUCAGAACCACCAGAACCUAGAAGAAAUCAGGAAUGCAAAGGAGAAAAUAUUGGCCAAAUUUGAGGUACAGAAACAAGAACUGGAAAUGACGCAGUUAGAUAAAGAAAACGAGCUGCUUCAGCUUAAGAAGGAGAUUGAGGAUCUGGAGGAAUAUAAAGAACUGCGGGAGCAGCAGCUGGCCAGAAUCAGCGAACUGGAAAACCUGGUGAUGGAUGCCCGGGCUAAACACUCUCAGUGCGUCCAUGACCUCAAACUCAACUUCAACAAGGAGAAGGCUGACUACAAACAGAACGCCAGGCGGAUGGUGAAACAGCUGGAGAAAGAUGCAAACAAGGAGGCGGUCUGCUGCCUGAUUGAGCACAUCGAAGCGAUCAAGGUGGAGAACCAGCAGCUGCGGGAGGUGCUGGUGUGCUUGAUCCGACGAUCCCGAGUCCUCCGCAAGCAGCAGGAGGAGCUGGAGACACAGCACAAGGAGCUGCUCCGGGAGAGAGACUACUGCACCAAGUUGAGGACACUGCGGUACCGGAAGCAGCUCAGCGAAUACGUGGAGCCAAAGGCCAAGGUGCAGCCAAAGGUCGAGGAGGAGCCGGACCUCAAACAGCAGCCAAAGAACAAGGAGGAGCCGAUAAUCAAGGAACAGCCGAAGGUCAAGGAGGAGCCAGAGACUGAGGAGUCGUUGGAGUCCAGGGAGUUGUCAGAAACUAAGGAAGAGGCGACGCUCGGGGAACAAGAGGAUGAGGAUCUAGACAGUGACGAGCUAGAGGACUGAGCUAGAGCUAGAGAAGCUGGAAGAGACUGGGCUAGAGAACAGAGAGAAAUUGCCAGAACCAUGAGGUUUACAGGCAACACUUUACCCAUUUAACCAGCUUCCUCUCCAGUGUAAAUAUGACCCAAGGAAGAUGUCGGAAUCAUUGUUUUCCAGUUU